ACCGUGAUUGUUGUGCUUGUUGGUGAAAUUAUACUCGAUACCUCAAUUAUUGCGCUUAAUAGAGUGAACUCGGGUUUGUUAUAAGCCGCCGUCAUAAUUUUGGCAAAAUAUUUCCCUUUCGCGCGUAUUUCCUCGAAAAAACGAGCGAAACUCAAAUGUCGGCAUUUGCGCAAUGGAUUAAACGUUAUCCUGUCGCUCGGGGCAUGAUCACGUACAGUUUGCUAUGGCCAACGGGAUGUUUUAUUCAGCAAAAGCUGUCUGGUAAAAAGUUAAGUGAAAUCGAUUGGAAAAAGUGUUGGCGAUUCUUCUUUUACGGUGGUUUCAUUGUUGCACCGUCGCUGUACUGUUGGAUACGGGUGGCUUCCAUCAUGUGGCCAAGGCAGAAUCUAAAAUCAGCCAUUGCCAAGGCGUUAACGGAGCAAAUAAGCUACACACCAAUGGCGAUGACGGCGUUCUACUUCAGCAUGAGCCUUCUGGAGGCAAAAUCGGUCGAAGAAUCACUGAACGAAGUGCGAGUGAAGCUGUUUCCAACGUACAAGGUUGCAUUGUGUAUCUGGCCAUUCGUACAAACAUUCAACUUUUCCGUGGUGCCGGAGAAAAAUCGCGUGCCCUUCGUCAGUAUGUGCAGUCUACUGUGGACCAUAUUUUUAGCAUACAUGAAGCAAAAAGAACAAAAAGAGCUCGAGGGUGGAAUAUUUGUAAAAUAAAUUUUAAGUACGUUAUUCAUAGCGAUAUACAUAGAAAUAUUUUGAUAGCAAAGUAUAUAUUACAAAGCAUAGUAGUAUAUUUCAGAGUAGAGCUAUUUGAAAUGUAGAGUUCUGCGGAAAGAUCUAUGAGAAUUUAUUAAUUGUUAGCGUCUUUCAAUUUGUUAGCGGUAGUGUAACAAUGUCCCACCACAACUUUUACAUAUUAUGAUACAAUAAAAUUCAAG